GGCAUGGACACUAAGACUCCGUUGAUUCCGCAGAAACAGCAACAGCAUCAUCAGGAGAAAUUACGUUCAAAAAAACAGGAACGCGCAGCCGAUGUGUCCUUGCCCCCAUUGACACCGUUCCCAAAUCAUCGUCCAAGAGUGAAAACCUCAUGGAAUUCUAGUCCGCCCAAGUCUCAUCCUUUGGGAUUUCCAGAUUCUCUCAAGAGAAGACCCUACAAAGUCCUUCAAAUCGGAGCAACACCUCUUAUGCAUGCAUGUCAACAGGGGGACAGAACGCGAGUUUUGAAAUUGUUAAAAGAACAAAGCGAGACAAUUGGCUAUCGAGAUCGUACCUUAAGAAGUGCACUUCAUUAUUGCAUGGAUGCCGGAACUGGUGGUGCCGUCGCAUCGGCGGCACCUGAAUUGGUUAAUCAUCCUGACGCUGAGGGACAUACACCUUUACAUCUUGCAGUAAUUGCCGGUGAUACACAAUUGGUUGCUGUUCUUUUGGCGAACGGUGCCGAUGUCAAUGCCAAAGAUUUUGAGGGUCACAGUGUUCUUCACUGGGCAACUGUUUGUGGAGAAGCAGAAUGUGUGAGAUUAGUCCUGGCAGCUGGAGCGAGACCAUCAACUCCUGAUUUAAGAGGAGGAUCGCCUCUUCACUAUGCUGCCCAGUGUUGUGGAGCAGCAGUAACUGCUGAACUCUCAGUUCCAAAAAAAGUUGGCCUCAAGGUACUUCAAACUCUUUUGGAAUUUGGAUCAGACGUGAAUGCAAAGGACGAGGAUGGAAGACAACCAAUUUUAUGGGCAGCAAGUGCCGGUAGCGUCGAAGCAGUUCUCGCCUUAACAAGAGCCGGUGGUUCAGCCGCUGCGGGCGCCUCUGAUAAGGAUGGAUUGACGGCUCUGCAUUGCGCCGCCUCUCGAGGUCACGCCAGGUGCGUGGAGGCACUUGUGAAUUUGUGUGGUUCACAACCAGAUCACGUCGAUGAUAAUGGCUGUUCGGCGCUUCAUUAUGCUGCGACACUAGGUCACGCGGAUGCCACUGCUUUGCUUUUGAGAUUAGGCGCUGACCCAAACAGACAGGAUCGAAAAGGCAGAACGCCAGCUUUGUGUGCGGCAGCAAAGGGACAAUUGGAAACAUUGAAAAUUUUAUCAGUUCAUGGCGGUUCUCUACAUGCGAGAACAAUAAGAGGUACGGGAAUUGCUCACGAAGCUGUCGCGUCAGGUUGUGUUGAAUUGGUUAAAUGGUUAGGAAAAAGGCGCAAAACACUACUCGAUACUGUAACUCAAGAUGGAAAAACUCCACUUCAUGUAGCGGCACUUCAUGGUCAUUUGGACGUUUGUAAAGUACUUUUGGAUAAUGGAGUGAAAAUCAAUGUUAUACUAAAAACAAGUAAAGGCAGUUUAAUGACAGCAUUGGAUGCGGCUCUCUAUCGUGGAAAUCGAGAUUGUGCUAAAUUAAUUCAAAUGCACGGUGGUUCGACAGCUCAACAUUUAAGAGCACACAAAACUGCACCUUCCAAAGUCUUCGCUGCAAAAUUAAGAGUCAAAUGUCCAGAUUCAAGUACAGAAAGUGACAGUAGCCCUCGAAGAAAAUCUCAUCGUCAUCGUGAUCAGGAUCUUUAUUACGAGGAACGUUGGAUCGAGCGAAGAACACGACGAAGAAAAGGAAAUUCACGAAAACUCUCACGUCAGGAUAGUCGUAGUUUCAGCGAAGAGGAACUUCGACAUUCAAAAACGCAAUUCAAUAAAAAAGAACAACAAAGACGAGCGCUAAGCGAAUCGGCCAGAUACAAUGAAACUGAAACAGAUGACGAAUCAUCAUCAAAAAAAUAUAGACGCCAUAGGAAAAAUAAACACGAAUACAGUGAAUCGUGGACUGAAUCUGAAACAGAUGUAGAAAUUUUAUCGAAAAAUAAAGAAAAUAUUACAUCAAAAAAUGAUCAAGAAGAAAUAUCAACAAUUAGUGAUGAUAGUCUUGAAGUUGUAAUUGUUAAAUCAAUGGAAAAAAAAUCGGAAAAAUUAGUUUCAGGACGAAAAUCAAAAACACCAAAAGAAAGUUAUGAGGAUAAGAAAAUUAUUAAAUCAUCGCGGAAAAGUUGUAAGAAACAUCAUAAAACAAAAGAUGAAUCCGAAAGAAAAAAGAAAUCUGUCGAAAUCGAUGAGACGAGUGUAAAAAAAACAAAAGACAAAUUUCAAGAAGAAAAAGACGUAACUGAUUCAACAAGUCAUGAAACAGUGGAAACAGUCACUGUAACUGCAAUGGUACACAAAGAUCAAGCACCAGAUACUCCAAAAUUAAAAGAAGAAAAAGAAGAUACAAUAAUUGAAACUAAAAGCAACGAAAAAAUAAACAAAGUUGAUCAAAUUCUCCAAGAAGCGGAUAAAAUGCAAAAAGAAUUGUUACAAAAAAUGGAAAACAAAAUCGAAAAUUCAGAAAAAAAAACUGUUGAAAAAAUAGAUAAAAAUGAAUCACAAGAAUUGAGUCAACAAACUUCUACCUCGGAAACAGUGUCGGAAAAAUCUCCACGUAUUGAAAACACUUCUGAAGAUAAAUCUGAAUCCACCACCAAGGAUCAAGUUCCAAUUGAAAAAGAUCAAAUUGACAAAACUGAAUCAAUUCAAGAAUCGGAAACAAUAAAUCAAGAGUCAAAAAUAAACGAAACCGUUGGAGAAAUUAACGAAAAUAUUCCACAAAAAGAAUUCGAUACAGAAACAAAAUUAAAAACCGAAAUUGAAGAAAUUAACCAGGACAAGCAAACGAAAAAACUAAAAACAAACAAAAAACAAAGUACAAAACAAGAAAAAUCUAUAGAAUCAAAAACAGAAUUCAGUGACAAGAGAAAAAGUGCUUCAAGAAAAUCGCCAGAUGUAAGAAAAUCUGAUGACUCACCAAAAAUGGAUGCAGGUUCAUCAUCAAAAGAAGAGAAUCUUCAAAAUGACAAAUCGUCACGAGAUCAACCCGAUGUUGAUUCAGCACGUGGAAAAUCGGAUAUUUCCUCGUAUUCAGAAUCUCCAGAUUUUCCAAAAGCCAACAAAAAACGAUCUGAAAUCAAAAACGCGGUAACAACGGGAAAAGUGAAAACGAAAGAAGAACGCAACAGGGAAAAUAAUAAAAUUGAUAAUUCCGAUAAUCAACGUUUUAUUGAUGAAAGUUCGUCAAGUUCACCAAGGUCUUCCAAAUUGGCAAGUCGAUCAAGGCCAUCGACUGCUGCAAAAUCACGAAAAUCGUCACCCUCAAAAAAAGAAGAAAAAAGAACAACAUUUUUGAAUGAAACAUCAGAAGAGCAAAAUUCAGAAGAUCAAAGUGCAAUUGUUGCUGUUAUUGAAAGUCCCGAAUGGGAAGAAGAUGAUGAUGAGGAGGAGGAGGACGAAGAAAUUGUCAACGAAAUUAGAAAUGCAAUCGGUGAUAAUAAUGAUGAUGAUAUAGAAAGAGAUACCGAAUUGGAAAAUGAUGAUGGUGUUGGAAUAAUAAGAAUUCUACCAAGUACAAGUGAAGAGGAAACACCACGAAAUUUAGGAAUAAUAAGAAGACCUGGAACUGAUACUUUACCACAGGUAUCAAGGAAACCUCAAGUUCGAUUAACAAGAUCUCAAAGUCCUCAUGAAAUGAGAAAAGAAAAAAUUCGUCAAAAACAAAGAAAAGACAGUGGUGGACGUGACAGUGGAAUAGAACCAAGUCCCAGGGUUUCGCGUAUACCGCGAAGAAAUUUAAAAUGCUAUCCAAAUACAGAAAAACAACAAUCAAUUAAUAUGAAUACAAUAACGAGGGAUGUUCAAAUAAGUAUUCGACGUUAUUAUUUAGAGAGAAAAAUAUUUUUUCAAUUAAUGGAAUUAAAGAGGCUUCAAAUACGACAUGGAAAAACGAACGAGCAUGUUUUAGUUAAAAGACAAGUCGACAGUUUUAAUAAAGCGGGAAUGACUGGACCAACACUUGGCGUUGUCAAAUAUGAAAAGCCAUUAACUUUUCGGGACUUUGAAUCUUUUCUUUACGAGCAACUUCGACGUCUUCAAAAAAGACCAGCGACUUCUGAUUGGUGCACAGAAGCAAAGCAAUGCACUCAAAAAACUCAUCGAUGUCAUCAUGCCACCAGUGCCUAUACAUCAGUUCCAAUUUACACUUAUCUAUGUGGAGGCGUCCCAGAACGAGGGACGAGUCUUCUUCCGAAGAUUGAGAGUCGGGGAAAGGGGCAAAUGACGGUGGAGGUGUCGCACGGAGAAGAAAAACAGGUGAUUGCUCUUCCGGCAGAGAGACUGGAUCGCACUAAGAGAUAUUUUGUUACAUUUACGGUCAGGGGUGAGACAUUAGAAACAGAGAAGCCUAAGCUGCCCAACAGCGCACAAAGAAACACGAAAAGUGUCUAAAAAAAAAAAAAAAAAAUAAUUAUGCCUUGUAAACGAAAAAUUCCUCGUAAAUAUAAAUAUAUAUUUAAAAAAAAAAUUAAUUAUUUAAAAAAUAAAUAAAACUAUAUUGUUCAUAUUUAAAGAAGCUCAUAAAUAGCUUUGUUUAAAAAAGAGAAUAUUAAAAAGAAUAACAAUUUGUUAAAUAA